GGAAUGGUGUUUUCUCUGUUCAUUUAAAUAUUUUCUUAAUGGAUUUAGUUUCAAGUUUUGGUGUUUAUGGUUUUCCUGGAUUGCUUUAGGAAUUAAUGGGGAAGAAAGGUAAGAAGAAGGCCCGAAGUGGUCAUAAGGAGAGGCGGGUUUCUACAGCUUGUCAGAGAAGUGUUGGCGAGGAAAGUAUUCCAACCACUGAGGCUGUUAAUGAUGGACUUUCAGUUGUAAAAGAGAGGAAAGUGUGUGCCCAUCUUGAUAAGGGUAUUGAUUUGGUUAAAGUUUCUUCAAGAAUAGGGUCUAUAGAAGGUGUUAGGUGUGAAGAUUGUAGGGAAGGUGUGGUUGAUAGGCGGGCAGGUAAGGGAAGGGGCAAGCAUGGGAAGAAGAAAGGGGGAGGUUCUGUGGAUACUAAAUCUGAUAAUAAAGCAAUUUGGGUUUGUUUGGAAUGUGGCCAUUUUUCCUGUGGAGGUAUUGGAUUACCAACAACCUCUCAAAGCCAUGCAGUUUGGCAUGCUAGGCAAAACCGUCAUCCAUUGGCUAUUCAAUUUGAAAAUCUUCAACUAUGCUGGUGCUUCCCGUGCAAUAUGCUUAUUCCAAUUGAAAAAUUGGAGGAAAAUGGUGAACAUAAAGAUUUGUUGUCAGAUAUUGUAAAACUCAUAAAGGGACGGUCAUCGCAAAGGGCCUCAGCGGAUGUUGAGGAUGUUCGGUUUGGGAGUGACAGUGUCACAAGUGAGCUAAAAUCAGAAAACACCGCUCAAACUAAUUUUGAUGGAAAAAGUGGUUAUGUUGUAAGAGGCUUGGUUAAUCUAGGGAAUACUUGUUUCUUUAAUUCAAUCAUGCAGAAUCUCCUAGCAAUUGAUAAAUUGCGGGAACACUUCUUGGACCUGGAUGAGUCUGUUGGGCCUCUUACUGUUUCUUUGAAGAAGGUUUUUGCUGAAACUAGUCAAGAGGCUGGCUUGAGAAAUGUGAUAAAUCCAAGAUCCUUUUUUGGGUGUAUUUGUUCCAAGGCUCCCCAAUUUAGGGGAUAUCAACAGCAUGACAGCCAUGAAUUGCUUCGUUGUUUACUGGAUGGGUUGUGUACCGAAGAGUUGAGUGCAAGAAAACAAAAUACUUGGGAAAAUGGAAUUUCCAAAAAUUUGGGUCCUACUUUUGUAGAUACCAUCUUUGGGGGCCAAUUAUCUAGUACUGUUUCGUGUUUGGAAUGUGGGCACUCUUCAACAGUUUUUGAGCCUUUUCUAGAUCUCUCACUGCCUGUUCCAACCAAGAAACCGCUGUCUAAAAGGGCCCAAUCUAUUUCUCGAGCCAAGAAACCCAAACUGCCUCCAAAAAGAAGUGCACGGAUUCGUCCUAAAGUUAAUAAUAAGGGUGCAGAUUUUGUAGAAUCUGAAAGUGUUCCAAUCCUGACAGCUGGUGGUGCAUCUUCUUGUCUUGAAGGAUCUAGUCUGCCUCUUUCAGAUGAAGCAGGAGAUGCUUUGGCCAAUCCUACACUGCCAGAAUCCAUUGGCCCGAGUACAGUGGCAGAAAAGGGGAGUUCAGUUUUAUUAAAUCCCUUAACUACUGAAGAGUUUGAAAAGAAGCCAUUCCUCAAAAAUGUUACAAAUAAAGAAGAAGAUUCAUUAGACAAUUUAACAUGGUUGGAUUUCCUGGAACCAGAUCCCGUGACAGAUGGCCAUGAUACAGCUUCAAAAGCUAAUGACACUGCAGUAAUUCAUGAUUCAGGAAAAAAAGUUGCUGUCCAAAAUGAUGCCUCAUUGCAGGAUGGAAUAGAAUCAAGCAAGAAAGUCCAUUCCCUUUGUAUGGUAGAAACAUCUGGUUCAUCGAGCAAUUGGGAUUACUCUGAACCAGCUAUGUUAUUGGAUGAACAUGGUAUGGCGUCAAAAGUUAACAAUGCGUCGGAAACUCAAGAUUAUAGAGGCAAGGAUGCUGUUGAGAAUGAUGUCUUUUUGCAGAAUAUAUCAGGACCUAGUGCUCAGGUUUGCACUCUUUAUAUGGAACCAAAUCUGGAAGUUAAUUCUGCAGGGAAUUCUUUUGAGAAUGAGCUUCCAUUACAGGUUCAUGGUUCUGAAAUUCUGUUGCUUCCUUAUAAAAAUGAAACUUCAACUAGUGUUGAGAUUUUGGGAGGAGAAGGUGAGGCAUCCUUGUCAGCUGUUGGUUGUGAACCAGAUGUAUUGGACUUUGAUGGUUUUGGAGACUUAUUUAACGAACCAGACAUUGCUGCAGGUCCCAAUGCAGAACCCUUGUCAAGUAAUAAUAAUUAUCAGGCAGAUGAAAUUGCAGAAACUGCUUCAUUAGUGGGAAAUAUCAGUGAGACUGAUCCAGAUGAAGUUGAUGAUAGUGAUUCUCCAGUGUCCAUAGAGAGUUGUUUGGCUUAUUUCAUAAAGCCAGAGCUUCUCUCCAAUGAGCAUGCAUGGCAUUGUGAAAAUUGUUCAAAAGUUAUGCAAGAACAAAGGAUGCAAUCAAGGAAGAAAAAGCAGAAAGCUCCACCCAAGAUUCAGAUAAGUGGGUUGGAGGAUAGAAUUCAAAGUAAUCCAUCAAGUUCAACAAAUGAUUGCCCUUGCACUGGUGAAGUUAGAAGUCUAAGUAAUGGAGAUAUUAGAAAAGAUGUACCUAGUACUUCUGAUGAAAGAUUGGUAUCAGAUAAUGGGAAAAUCGAUGUUAACAAGUCAGAAGAAGGAAAUGAUGAGAUAAAUGAUGCAGUUGCAGAGCUAUCACAGUCUUCAAGUUCUUAUAAAACUUGUAGUCAAGCAACUAUCAGUGGUGAAGGCAGUGAUUCUUGCAGUGUUAAUGAGCCUAGUAAAGCUGGAUGUGAUGCUGAUGAGCUUCAGCAAAGGAAGUCACAGUUGUUACCUGAAGGAUCUGACUCAGAAGGAAGUGACAAUGAGGAGAUGAAUUCAUACAGUGUGAAGGUGAAGAGGGAUGCAACUAAAAGGAUCCUCAUUAAUAAGGCACCAACUAUUUUGACCAUUCAUCUGAAGAGGUUCAGCCAAGAUGCUCGUGGUCGCUUAAGUAAAUUGAAUGGUCAUGUGAAUUUCAGAGAGACAAUUGAUCUUGGACCAUACUUGGGUAUCAGGUGCACGAAGAAGAUGGAUGAGUGCAAAUUUCGUCUGCUUGGAGUGGUGGAGCAUCUGGGAACGAUGAGGGGAGGCCACUAUGUUGCAUAUGUGAGAGGAAAGGGCAAUAAUAGGAAGGCUGAGAAUGAAAAUGAAGAAGAUGUGUGGUAUCAUGCUAGCGAUGCUUAUGUGCGCGAGGCUACUUUGGAAGAAGUUCUACGCUGCGAGGCCUACAUUCUAUUUUAUGAAAAAAUGUGAGCAAAUCUUUGCCUUCCAUUCUUUAACCUUUUCUAAUAGAAUUCAGGGUUUAAAUUCAACACCCUGCAUGAGAGAGAGAGAGAGAGAGAUGAGUGUACAUAAUUGCGAAAAUUUUGAUAAUUUUUUUUUUUUGGGUUGAUGUGCAAUGAUUUAUAAAUGUGCAUUUCCAAAUCUAAAUAUGAGAAAAUGAGUUCUGUUCGUUCA